AUGGCCGGCGACAAGAUCACCCUCUACACGAACCAUGGCUGCCCCUGGGCUCACCGCGCACACAUUGCGAUCAAAGAACUCGGUCUGCCAUACGAAGAAGUCAUCAUCGACCUCAACAAGCCGCGCGAGCCAUGGUACCUCGAAGUGAACCCCCGUGGCCUCGUCCCCACAAUCAAAUUCAACGAUCAAAUCAUCACUGAGUCGGGCGUCGUCGCGCGCUUCCUCGCCGACGCGUACCCAUCCCACCUCGUCCCCACCACGGGCACCCCCGACGCGGCGCUGGCACGCGCGCGCAUCAACUUCUUCGUUGACACGUGGUUCGACAAGGUCGGGUCUUACUGGUUCAAGAUCCUGCUCAAGGACUCGGACGAGGAGAAGGAGGCGCUCGUCAAGGAGUUCCUGGGUGCCGUGGGCAAGGAGAUCGAGCCGCUGUUGAAGGAUGCAGCGCCGUUCUUUGGGGGCAGUAACAAGAUCACUCUGGCGGAAGUCUUGACUGCGUCAUUUAUCCUGCGCAUCUACUCGCUCUCGAAGCACGGGGUGUUGCCCAAGAGUCUGGUGGAGGGGUUCGAGGGGUUGCCAAACUUCAACAAGUGGGCGAACGAGGUUAUCAAGCAGGAGAGUGUGACAUACAUCUGGGACGAGGACAAGGUCAUUCCUGCGACGAAGAAGAAGAUUGAGAGCAUGAAGGCGGCAGCUAAGUAA